GGCCCCAACUCACUGUCUCCCAAACUCCUUCUCCUCCAUCGCUCUCUAGCUCGAAAAGCUCUGCAAUUCUAACAGUCAAGAAUCAAAGUCACUUCAACAACUGUUUUUCUCCAAUUUUCACGAAAAAAACUACCCCAGAAGCUCAAAAACUCGUCUUCAAUGGCGGACUCAGACAACGAGUCAGGCGGAGAAAGAGACAAGACUCAGAACGCUGGAGCGAACUCAGCCGGCGAGUUAUCUCCGAGAGAACAAGACCGGCUUUUGCCGAUAGCAAACGUGAGUAGGAUCAUGAAGAAAGCUCUGCCGGCGAACUCCAAGAUAUCAAAAGAUGCGAAAGAAACUGUACAAGAAUGUGUAUCGGAGUUCAUAAGCUUCGUCACCGGCGAGGCGUCGGACAAGUGUCAGAGGGAGAAGAGGAAGACGAUCAAUGGGGAUGAUAUUUUGUGGGCCAUGGCCACUCUGGGCUUUGAAGAUUAUGUGGAUCCGCUCAAGGUAUAUUUACAGAGGUUUAGAGAGAUAGAUGGGGAGAAGGUGUCGCGUGACAAGGACGCGCCGCCGGGUAGUGGUGGUGGUGGUGCGAUUGGUGAGCAAGGGAUGGUGAUGAUGGGGCAUGGGAGUCAUCGGUUUCAUCAAGGACAAGUGUACACUUCUGGUGGGUUUCAUCAUAUGGCUUUGGGCGGCAGCGGCGGCGGUAGCGGUAUAGGAAAGGGAGGCCAAAUUUAAGUAGACCACCCAGGUAGAAAAUGGUGGUGCUGAGAUUGAGCUUAUUGUAAUAGUGAUGGACUCCAUUAAUUUUGAGGUUUUGGCAUUUUUUGUGGAAUGUAAUUUGUAAUCUAUGAAUAAAAAAAUAAAAGUGAUUUAAAUCAAA